AUGGCACCGCAGUCGUGCGUAAUGGAUCCUGCGCAAGGAUCCCCGCGCUCCGCUGCGCCUCCGGAGGACACCGAGGAGCCGGACCUGUCUCCUGUCAGAAGACGGAAAAGCAAAAGUGUAGAGCUGCCCUUCAGCGUGGAGUCCCUCAUGUCGGAGAGGCCGCCCGGCCGGAGCCGCCGGUCCCCGGAGCCUGCAGGUCCAGGCUGCGUCCCGGCGGAGGAGACGGAGUGCGGGUCACCGGGGGGACCGAGGGGACUUCACCGGUCCGAGGCAGAGGCGGUGGAGCCCGGGGACACGGACACGGGGCCCUGGUGUCAGAGUCCUUACGCAUCCCCUCAAAGACUCCCCAGCCCGACCUCCUGCAACCUGCGGAAACACAAGAACAACAGAAAGCCCAGGACUCCCUUCACCACCUCGCAGCUGCUGUCUCUGGAGAGGAAGUUCCGUCAGAAACAGUACCUGUCCAUCGCAGAGAGAGCGGAGUUCUCCGGCUCCCUCAGCCUCACAGAGACCCAGGUCAAGAUCUGGUUUCAGAACCGCAGGGCCAAGGCCAAGAGACUCCAGGAGGCCGAGCUGGAGAAGUUCAAGCUGGCCGCGAAGCCGCUGCUGCCGGCCUUCGCGUUCCCCUUCCCGCUGGGAGCUGCACCCAUGGGCGCCCCGGGCCUCUACGCGGCCCUGAGGGGCCCCCGGCCCGGCCUGCCCGUCCCGGGACUCUUCAGUGGACCCUAUGGGAUGUACUACCUGUCUUAA